UGUAAUCCUGACUCUGUCCACUUGUCCAUCUGACCUUCCUUCUCUGUCCAGCCAUCUGGCUGUCAAUCCAUUUGUUUGUCUCUGGCUCCAGUCUGUUUGUCCAUCUGUUCCAUCAUCUGUGAGUCCAUCUGCUCAUCUUGCUGUCCAUUCAUCCACCUGUCUCUCUGUAUCUCUCCGCCCACUGGUCUGUGUGCCCACUUACCUCCCCUCUCCCCCUGGGCCACAGAGCCAUGGCCCAGGGCCACAGGGCCAUGGUCAGCAUGGUCCUGCUGGGGCUGGGGCUGGCGCUGGCCAUCAUCGUGCCUAUCGUGAUCGUCUCUUGGCACCGCGUCCACUGUGGCCCCCAGGCCUUUGCCCAUGCUGCGGUUGCUGCGGACUCUAAGAUCUGCUCGGACAUUGGACGAGCCAUCCUCCAGCAGCACGGCUCACCCGUGGAUGCCACCAUCGCGGCUCUGGUCUGCACCGGGGUUGUCAACCCCCAGAGCAUGGGCCUGGGUGGAGGGGUCAUCUUCACUAUCUACAAUGCGUCCACAGGGAAGGUGGAGGUCAUCAACGCCAGGGAGACGGUACCCGCCAGCCACAUCCCGGGUCUGCUGGACCAGUGCAAGCAGGCCCAGCCUCUGGGCACAGGUGCCCAGUGGAUCGGGGUGCCUGGGGAGCUCCGCGGCUACGCUGAGGCCCACAGGCGCCAUGGCCGCCUGCCCUGGGCGCAGCUCUUCGGGCCCACCAUUGCGCUGCUCCAGGGGGGCCUCCGCGUGCCCCAAGUCCUCAGCCGCUUCCUGCACAGCAGCUAUCUGCGCCCUUCCCUGCAUGCAUCGUCCCUGAGGCAGCUCUUCUUCAAUGGGACAGAACCCCUGAGUCCUCACGACCCACUCCCGUGGCCCGCGCUGGCCACCACCCUGGAGACCGUGGCUGCGGAAGGCGCAGAGGCCCUCUACACAGGGAGGCUGGGCCAGAUGCUGCUGGAGGACAUUGCCAAGGAAGGCAGCCGGCUGACCCCGCAGGACCUGGCAUCAUUCCGGCCUGAGGUGGUGGACGCCCUGGAGGUGCCCCUGGGGAACUACACCCUGUACUCACCGCCACCGCCUGCAGGGGGCGCGAUUCUCAGCUUUGUCCUCAACGUGCUCAAAGGGUUCAACUUUUCCGCGGAGUCGGUGGCCAGGCCCGAGGAGAGGGUGAACUUGUACCAUCACCUCGUGGAGACGCUCAAGUUUGCUAGGGGGCAGAGGUGGCGGCUGUGGGACCCUCGAAGCCACCCGGAGGUCCAGAACGCCUCCCAGGACCUGCUGGGGGAGGCUCUGGCCCAGCACAUCCACCAGCAGAUCGACACCCGGGGUGACCACCAGCUCAGCCACUACAGCCUGGCCGGGACCUGGAGCCACAGGAUGGGCACGGCCCACGUAUCCGUGCUGGGGGAGGAUGGCAGCGCUGUGUCUGCCACCAGCACCAUCAAUACGCCCUUUGGAGCCAUGGUGUACUCACCGCGCACGGGCAUCCUCCUCAACAACGAGCUCCUGGACCUGUGCUGGAGGCACCCGCGGGGCUCCGGAGUCACCCCACCUCCCGGUGAGCACAACAGGGAUGGAGGAGGCGGCCCCAGGGGGUGCUGGCUCAGAAGCGAGGCUGCACUGAUACCCGUCCGGCCUCCAGUUCCAGGUGAGCGGCCCCCAUCAUCCAUGGUCCCCUCCAUCUUGGUCAACGCAGCCCAGGGGUCGAAGCUGGUGAUCGGUGGGGCUGGCGGGGAGCUCAUCAUCUCUGCUGUGGCCCAGGCCAUCAUGAACAAGCUGUGGCUGGGCCUUGACCUGCAAGCUGCCAUUGCGGCCCCCAUCCUGCAUGUGGACAGCAAGGGCCGGGUAGAGUACGAGCCCAGCUUCAGCCAGGAGGUGAAGAAGGGGCUCCAGUACCGGGGCCAGAACCAGACCGAGAGGCCCGUUUUCCUGAACGUGGUCCAGGCCGUGUCCCAGGACGGGGCCUGCGUGUACGCCGCAGCAGACCCCAGGAAGGGUGGGGAGCCCUCAGGCUACUAAAGAGGCUGCUCCCUCCCCAGAGCUGGGAUCCUGCCCAGCACGCAUCCAGGUUGGCCUGGUCCAUGGGACCGAGUGCUCUGGCAGAAUCUGGACCCCUUGGCUGGAUGGUCAGCCUAGGGCUUCAAGAGGUGGGGACAGCCCAGCAGAUGGACGGCUGUGGGGGC